CACUCCCACUCCCACUCCCACUCCCACUCCCACCUCCACUCUCACUCCCCACCGAAAGCCCCAUCCCACCCCACCCGCCUCCCACCCUCCCACCGUCCCAUCCACGCCCCAGCCAAAAUGUCCACCGCCAUCAUAACCGAAGAAUGGACCACCCACGCCCCCUCUCCCUCCCCCAUCUACCACCGCAUCUGGUCGCCCCCCAGCAGCACCCCGCUGCGGGCCACCGUCGCCUUCUGCCACGGGAUGGGCGAGCACGUCGGGCGGUACGACCACGUCUUCAACAAGUUCGCGGUCGCGGGUAUCAAGGUGCGCGGGUUCGACCAGCGCGGGUUUGGGCAGACGGUGGUGCACAAGGAUGUGGUCAAGGAGGCGACGUUGGGGCAUAAUGAGGGGUGGGAGAGGCUGAUGGAGGAUGUGGGUGUUUGUGUGGAGAGGAGUAGGGAGAGUGGGGUUAAAGGGUUUUUGAUGGGGCAUAGUAUGGGUGGGGGGAUUGCGUUGAGCUUUGCGAUGGGGAAGGGGAGUGAGAAGGGGUUGGCUGGGGUUGUCGUUUCAUCGCCCCUAAUCGCCCUCGGGCCCAACUCCGCCGUCUCGACGCCCGAAUACUGGGCCAUCCGCGGGCUCUCCAAAAUCCUUCCGACCCUCACCAUCAAAUCCACCGUCGACGACGCCAACCUCUCGCACCUCCCCUCCGUGCGCGAAUCCUACCGCGCCGACCCGCUCGUGCACGCGUACACGUCGUUCGGGACCGCGGCGAGCUGCGUGCUGAAUGGGGAGAAGCUGGCCAAGACCGCGGGCAGUUUCUCGCUGCCGGUGUUGGUUGUCUGUGGGGACGAGGACAAGAUCGUGUCGUUCAAGGCGGCGGAGCAGUGGGCGGAGAAGUGUGGGAGCAGCGAUAAGGAGUGGAAGGUCGUCAAGGGAGGGUUGCAUGAACUCCACAACGACACGGAACAAGACGCAAUCAUCCAACACUACAUCGACUGGAUCCUCAAGCGCGCCUAAAGCCACCCGUCUCAUUCUAUCGCAGGCGUACAUAAUUCCCUACCUUUCGUUCAUGUAUAUGCACCCUCAUCUCCCCGUUAUGCAUAGCCCCCGCUUUCUUUUCUUCUGCGAAGGCUGAGCAUCCGUAGCGACUUGCAAUAUUACCGUCCUCUUAAUGAAACAACGAAUCCUAAUGCUGCA